AUGUGGUCCUCAAUUGUGUUGAGUAUAUCGUCGGGUGUAUUGAGUGCGAGCUCUCGGCCCAAAGCAAACACACUCUCCACCAAAUUGGCAGCGCUGGCAGUGUUGACGUCGGUGGUUGUGUUGGCCCUGUCAUCAUCAUCAUCGGCCUCAUCAGCAAAUGACAGUGAGCCCAAGAGGAAUGGUGUUUGGAGUAUGAGUGCCUCUGCCGAUGAUAAUAGCAAAGCCGCUGUCUUUGAAACAUCUCAGCCAUCGCUGCCGUCAUCAGCACAUCCAUCGCCGACUCAACACCAGUGCAAGAGUUUGCUUGAGUUUGAGUGCGAUAACGGAAAGUGCGUGACUUUCAGCCGUUAUUGCGAUGGAAGUGAUGAUUGCGGCGACCAAUCCGAUGAACCCAUCGCCUGCACCAAUUGCAACCGAACACUGUUUGGUGAGGUUGGGGUCAAAUACCCGUUCCGACUAAACGAGCCCUUCCAGCGAUUCCAGCCCUUUGUCUGUCGGGUGACGUUUGCUGCGGCCGGUCAUCAAUACGGAGAUAUCGUUGAACUGACUUUCUUAUCGUUUCAAAUCGGACAGUUUGAAGUGGGAAAAGAUAACGAGAAUUUAGUGCCAAAGCGAUAG